AUGACAAACCAAGCGAAAGGUGGACUAGUGGCCUACCUUUGCCAUAGAAAGUCUCUUAGGAUUAUCCUUGUCGUCAUAAUAGGGGCUUGUUUGUUGGCAGUGACGCUCUACUCUUCGGAAUUAUCAACAGACAUUCUACAUCGAACGAGCCCGGUGCAGGAGACCCAAAUAGAGAAAAACAGUCCUGCAAAGGGUCAUUCGCAUCUAGAUCAUGACGAGCUAGAUGCUUAUACUGCUACUAGAGAGACCACAACACCGUCUUGGACUGCUCAUCUGGAAGCUAGGCAGAGUACAACUCUGAAGCAGGCCACUCAGAAGUAUAGACUCAAAUACGAUCGGGAUCCGCCGCCACAUUUCGAUAGAUUCGUAAAGUUUGCACUUGACCACAAAUGCCUUAUCGACGAGUACGAUCUAAUACAACGAGAUCUGGCUCCCUUUAGAAAGAUGGACCCAGAAGUCUUGAAACGAAGAAUAAAAGCUCUUCUUACUAGUGAUGCCAUGACGAGUUAUAGUAUACGGAACGGGCAGGCCCAGAAGGUGCAGGAAACCUAUCUCAAUGGCGCCUGGGAUAACUUUAUCAAUAGUCUGGCACCACUUCUACCAGAUAUGGACGUAAUAGCCAAUGCUUUGGACGAGCCCCGUGUACUACUCAACGUCUAUGAUCCAUCAGCACUCUCUCACGCAAACAGUACAGAUCCCGACCCAAUAUUCCACCAUCUAGAACGCUCUCAACACCACGACCAUGUACAUUCUUCUUGUACGGUCCAAACCAUGGAAGCACUACCAACCGAGCACGACGAUGAUUAUAAUGCUAUCCAUGGACUACUAGUAGCUCCCGACUCAUUCUCAUAUACACACGAUCUAUAUCCAGUAUUAUCACCAACGAAGAUUCAUCCAUGCUUCGCUGAUAUCGUAGUACCACCUGUGUAUUAUUCGACUGUAUCGCCAUCUCUCACGGACGACGUGAAAUGGGAAGACAAGGAAGCCAAACUCUUUUGGAGAGGAUCAACAUCUGGUGGACACGCAGUCAAUGGCAACUGGAGACAGUUUCAUAGACAGCGAUUCAUGCUCCUAGCCAAAAACCGUACAGAUGUAGACGUGGCAUUCACAAACAUUAUCCAAUGUGAUGAAGCCGAUUGUGAAGCCCAAAAGCUUGAAUUCCCGACAGUCCCACAGGAGCCAUGGGAAGAACAUAUAAAACAUAAAUGGCUAUUCGAUACAGAUGGUAAUUCCUUCUCGGGACGAUUCACUAGACUGCUACGAUCUAAAUCACUGGUAUUCAAGUCGACUAUUAUGAUUGAAUACUUCUCGGACUGGGUGCUGCCUUAUGUGCAUUAUAUCCCUGUGUCGCUGAGUUAUGAUGAUCUGGAUGCUAAACUUAGAUGGGCGGCGGAGAAUGAUGAGCUGGCGAAACAGAUUGCCGAAGAGGGUAGUCAGCUCGCUGCACUUCAAAACUUGUAA